CAUAACUUUGCAGCUUCAUUAAAACCCCACAGUGACGUAAAAGCCAACUCCGCUGUAUUCAUGACAACUGGUACAAAGCGUGAACAGAAAUCUGCCACAGAACAAAAUAUCCAGUUUUCGUGCACUUGAACAUCUUCUCUUCCUGCGCUCUUCACUGUUACAGUUUCAAACAAUGUGUUUUUAUGUAUUUGUGCGUGGAGGUGUUUGGUGACGAUCAUUGGAAGUGUUUGGUAACUUUUAAGGUGUUUUUUUUUUUGUUUGUUUGUUUUUUGGAAAACAAAAAAGGCAAAAUUGCGUGGAUGCUGUUCUUUUAAAGCUCUGCCUGACGUAAACAUGGAAUACUUUAGCACCACAAAGUCUUGUAUGGGCACUUGGACUGCUUCGUUAGUUAUUUACAUUGUUUGUGGAAUUCUGACAGCGGGUAUUGCAGAGAAAGCAGAUGAACCAGCUCUUUUGCAGGACACCUCCCAUGCACCUUAUAUCGGGCCACACCACACUACUGAUGCCAGUCAACUGGCUGCAACCAUCGAGCCAUUAAUGGUGCCCAGAAAGGUCCCAAAAGUUCGCCUUAAUCAAGAGGAUAUCGAAAGACUAAAAUUUAAGCCCACUGUGGGAAGCAUCCAUCUCUCCGAGGGGAUGGAAGUAAACUUUAAUUGUUCCAUCGAUCUCCAUGAUGUUUCCUUGGAUCUUUACAUCCAGUGGUGGAAGGAUGGACAAGAACUGGUCGUCAGCCAGCAAACCAGGUUAAAUUACUUGCAAGCGACGGACAAAGGGGUGUCGACCACACUGUCAACCUUAAGCAUUAAGAACGUCCAGCGUUCCGAUGGUGGGGAAUACCGAUGCAGGCUGAGCGUCAGCAAUACACUUAUAGAGUCCGAUCCUAUCCUGAUCCAAGUCCAAGGGCUCCCAGCAUUUAUCAAGGAACCAGAGUCCCUGAAUGUCACCAGGAACACCCCCUUUAACCUCACUUGCGAGGCCGUGGGUCCUCCUGAGCCAGUAACGAUCAUCUGGCUUCGCAACAACGUGAGGAUCGAGCACAAUAUCUCUACAUCUCUCUCAUACCUGCCAGUGGAAGGUAUAAACAAGCCUGUGAAGUAUAGUUGUGAAGCCCAUAAUAACAAGGGAGUCUCCACAUCCAAUGAAGCUCACAUUAAUAUUAAAGAGGCUCCAUCCCCACUGGUUGAGCUGUACAUUACUAACCGAUCAGCUCACAGCAUAUCUCUGAUGUGGAUUCCCGGGCAUGAUGGUUUCUCUCCUCUCAGAGUCUGCCAGAUUUCUGUAAUACAGACUGCCAUGGGCAAAGCCAACAAUGCCAGUUCCCUUAGGCGUUUCAACGUCACAGUGCCACCUUAUCAAAAUGAGAUCACUCUGCUGAAAGCUAUGACAUCAUACAACAUAAGCAUAUCCUGUAUGAAUGAAAUUGGAUGGUCUGGGCCCAGCUACUGGAUACAAACUAAUACCACUGAAGGAGUCCCUUCUGCAGCCCCGGGGAGUGUUUCAGUUGCUCUUAACGGGUCCAGUCUGGUAGUGAAAUGGGAGAGCCCUGCAGAGGAGCAGAUGAAUGGCGUUCUGAGUGAAUAUGAAGUGCUUAUCGGUGAGGAGGGACGUGACCACCAUAUGAUCUUCAAGGAACUUGAGAACAUAGCUCGAAUCCCCUUACACAAGUUACAGGCUUCCAACGUGACCUACAGAGUUCAAGUGGCAGCCGUCACCAAAGCUGGAAGAGGUCUUCUGAGUAAAGCAGUAGGGGUGUUUGUACCUGGAACUGGUAUAAUAUUUGCUCCGUCCUCUACCCCUGUGACCCGAAGCCCGGAUUCUUUCUACAUUGUCUUGGGGACCUUGUGCUUCGUCAUUGUAAUGACACUGCUCGUGUGCAUAUUUGUGACAGUCAGGAAAAGAGUAAUGGAGACCCGGUUUGGGCAUGCUUUCAGUGGGGGUGAGGAAAUGCUACCUACUGUACAGUACAGAGCCAAUAACACCUUCAACAGGAAACCGAUUGAAGUUACAUUAAGCAAUUUGGGAAUAAGUAAAGGCCUGCAGACCAAACUACUCGAUGUAAUGACUGACAAGAAGUUGCUUUCGAUUGGCAAAAUACUUGGAGAAGGAGAGUUUGGUUCAGUGAUGGAAGGCCACCUGAAGCAGGCAGAUGGAAGCAGUCAGAAAGUUGCAGUGAAAACCAUGAAAUUGGAUAACUUCUCUCAGAGAGAGAUUGAAGAAUUCCUUAGUGAAGCAGCAUGCAUGAAGGACUUCUGUCACCCCAACGUCAUCAAACUUCUAGGUGUGUGCUUAGAAAUUAGUUCCAGGGAGAAUUUCCCCAAGCCCAUGGUAAUUUUGCCAUUUAUGAAAUAUGGAGAUCUGCAUAGCUUUCUGCUUCACUCCAGACUCAAUGAAAGCCCACAAUUCUUGCCACUGCAGACCCUGUUGAGGUUUAUGAUAGACAUUGCAUUGGGAAUGGAAUACCUCAGCAGCAAGAAUUUCCUUCACCGGGAUUUAGCAGCGAGGAACUGCAUGCUACGCAAUGAUAUGACUGUCUGUGUAGCAGACUUUGGAUUAUCAAAGAAGAUUUACAGUGGAGAUUAUUACAGACAAGGAAGGAUAGCAAAGAUGCCUGUCAAAUGGAUUGCCAUCGAGAGUCUGGCAGACCGAGUCUUCACUACCAAGAGUGACGUGUGGGCUUUUGGCAUUACAAUGUGGGAAAUAGCUACACGAGGCAUGACUCCUUAUCCAGGUGUUCAAAAUCACGAAAUCUACGACUACCUCCUUCAAGGGCACCGGCUAAAACAGCCUGCAGAUUGCCUGGAUGAGCUGUAUGAUAUUAUGUACUACUGCUGGAGAAGCGAUCCUGCAGACCGGCCUGGAUUCCUGGAGGUCAGGAUGCGACUCGAGAAGCUGGCAGAGAGGUUACCCGAGGUGUCCAGCAAGGAGGACAUCAUCUACAUCAACACCAGCCUGCCCGAGGAGAGCGAGGGGCUGGAACACUGGACAGAUGUGGACACAGACUCCCAACACAUUCUGGAGCCCUGCUCACAGGCAGCUGGGGCAGACAGGUCUAUCGUGACGGUAGAAAUCCACAAAUCCACAGACAGAGAUGAAAGCUACGUUUUUGUUAUUGGAUCUGAGGAGCCGGCUAUCUUUUCAGGAGAUGCGAAAAUGCCGUUACUGCUUAACGGGGACUCCCAGCAUACCAGCAAUGGAAUAGCCUGUGAUAUACCAUAUGCAGACCAGUCUUCAGAGGAUUCUGUUAUCAUGCUAUAAGGAAAACUGGAGUGUCUUUGAUGCAUGUAAACAUGCCUUGACUUGGACAUGUUAUUCUAUGACUGACUGCAUUUGUUGCUGUGUUUUUUUUUUGUUUGUUCAUUAACUGCUGUAUUGUGAUGUCGGUAGAUGUGACCUGCCCUCACUUUUGGUAAACCAACAGGUGUUAUUAAUAUGUCCUGUUGAAAUGCUGCAUAAUCCUGCCUGGGGAUUGUUCAUAGCUAAGAUUCCUAGGUUUCCUGUUUUUUUAUUUAUUUUUUUAACUGUUUACACCAGGCAUUGGAAAGCACUAGUCUUAUCUCACCUUGACUGUGUCUGCUUUCAGAAUAUUCAGGAGCAAUCAAACAAUUCAGAGACAGUCAGUAUACACUAUACAUAUAUCUUAAUUUCCCUUACUUGUUUGGAACAGUGUAUUACUGUAGAUGUAUACAGUAUUUGAUUUCAUGGAGGUAUAUUUUUAAGGACCUCCCCAGUAUAAACAUAUUUUAAAAAGUAUUUGUUAUGUCAUGUAUUCAUAUCUGGAGGUAUAUAUUAAUUUUAAAGAACUGUUCUUACCUAUAAACGGCCAGAGAGAGUGGCAAUAUUUUACAAUCCCCCACUGAGUUGUGGUACAGUACAUCUACAGUACAACUCCUUGCAAACACAUCAUACUGAUUUCCACUUCUGAAAAACAAUAAACUUUCAAUUGAGAUUCAUGUCAAAAAAACAGUUAUACUAAACUAAACCAUGACUUUUGUUUAAUUCGCUUUUUGAAGCAUUUUUCUAUUAUUAUGAAAUUAUUUAAAUGAAGGAUACUAAUAACAAUGUAUGUAUUCAAAUGUACCACGUCUAGCGAUAUAUAUAUAUAUAUAUAUAUGGAUGGUAUGUAUCAAAUUGUCUUUGUAUAAUACAUACAUAUAGAGAAUUUAAAAACAGCAAACUGCUCUAUAUCCAAGAAGAAUCAGAAUCUAACAGAAUACUCACAGAUUACUAUAAAUUAAUUUUAAAAAUAUUGAUAAACUGAUAACUCACAAUUAUUAAAAUACUAAGUUAUCAGUUCAUCAAUUACUUUUCUUUUUUCAUUAUGCUGUAAAAUACUGUAUACUUUAUAUCAGUUUGUAAAUACAAAGGGGCAUAUAUUCUCUAGCUAACGUUUUCAUGGACCCAAAUUGUAAAGUACAGAAAUGUGAAGUAGAAGCUGAACAUCACAUCAGCAGUGAUAUAUUGUAAUCUUGGGAUUCUGUAGUUCUAGAAUCCUUCCAUGGUGUUUGUCAGUGACACCGCUAACGGGGUGGGGUGGGGGGUGCUGGAUAUGCUUGACACAGUAUUUGCUGAGCUAUUGAGCUGUCAAUCUUGUCCAAAGGAUGAGUGUCAGAUCUCACACUGUUUCUCCUUUUGAGAGAAUGUUCAUUCCAAGGCUACAAUGCUACAGUGAAGAGCUAUAGACAUCUGCCAAAUUUGUAUUUUCUAUAAAGGGUAUAUUGUCAAUCACCUGUUUUCAAGAAAUGUCAUUUUUCAAGUCAAUAAUACAUCCAUGGGAAUGCAGCUCAUGGGUCAUACUGUAUCGUGCUUCAAAAUAUAUCCCUGCCCCCCCCCCCCCCGAGGCAUAAAAUACUACAAAGAAUCAGAAUAUGUAGUUUAAUUUGUAUAUUAUUGUACAUUUAAUACAGUCAAUAUAUUGGUCUCAUUGACACAUUGACUAAGAAUAUGUAAAAUAAGUGUAAUUCUAUUUUUUCUGAGAGAAUGGAUAUCCAUUUAUUUUUUACUAAAUGUUUUCCUUGAUGUUAUAUGUUUAUUAAAGCUUGUACUAUUUGUGAGGUGCAAUUA